AAUGGGGAUCCAUAUGCAAAGGAAUUCGGUGUAACUUUUGAGAACAAACUCACAAUAAUUAAGGGUCGUGUGCUACCUCCUCCUAUGCUGAAAUUUGGUGACCAAGGCAAGGAGAAGGUAUUCUGGCCGAAAGUUGGCAAGUGGAAUAUGCGGUCUAAGAAAAUGGUCGAUGGAGGAGCAGUUAACACCUGGACAUGCAUUAACUUCGCUUCAGACAUCAUGCGUGCUACUGCUGUGGCUUUUUGUGAUGAACUGGCUGUGAUGUGCCUAGUCUCUGGAAUGAACUUUAGGGGUGACCCUGUGCUCCCUGUAGUGAAUGCUAGACCUAAGUACGUAGAAUCAGCUCUCAAGAAACAUCAUAAACGUGUCAUGAAGAUACUCAGACCACAGGGAAAAGAACUUGAUCUGCUGAUUGUAAUACUGCCCGGCAACAAUGGCCCUCUUUAUGGUGAUAUCAAAAGAAUAUGUGAGACGGAUAUUGUGCUGGUCUCUCAAUGUUGUCUUGCAAAGCAUGUUUUACCGAUGAAACCACGGUAUCUUGCAAAUAUUGCCCUUAAAAUUAAUGCUAAGGUAUGUUGUGGGGGAAGAAAUACUGUACUUGUUGAUGCUGUGGAAAGGAAUCUCCCACGUGUUGGUAACACACCAACUAUUAUAUUUGGUGCCGAUGUUAGCCAUCCUCAUCCUCGAGAAGGACCUCAUAGUCCUUCCAUUGCAGCCAUAAGGGUUGUAGCUUCUCAAGACUGGCCGGAGGUCACCAAGUAUGCUGGAUCAGUCCGGCCACAAGAACAUGGAUGCAUGCCUGGCAGAAUGAUCAAAGAACAUCUCAUUUCUUUCAUGAGGGCGACCGGACAUAUACCUGGGAGGAUCAUAUUUUACAGAAAGCUCAAUCAGGUUCUUGAGCAUGAACUUUCUGCCAUUAAAAAGGCAUGUGCUUCGGUGGAUCCAAUUUACAAUCCACAAGUUACCAUUAUUAUGGUUCAGAGACGUCAUCACACACGUUUGUUUUCUGGUAACUAUGGCACUGGGAGCACAGUUUUCCGAAGUGGAAAUGUAUUGCCUGGUACUGUGGUUGAUAGAGAAAUAUGCCAUCCCACCGACUUUGAUUUUUACCUGUGUAGCCAUGCUGGCACUAAGGGAGUUAGCCGGCCUGUACGUUAUCAUGUUCUGUGGGACGAGAAUAGCUUUACGGCUAAUGCUAUCCAAUCUCUCACAAACCAUCUAUGCUACACGUACGCGAGGUGCACCUCCUCAGUUUCUGUAGUGCCUCCGGUCUACUACGCCCAUCUUUUGGCAUCCCGCGCUUGGUAA